AUGUUAGUCGGUCGUAGCAAAUCGGUCUUCGUGGUGACCUUGAUUUUUCUUUGCAUUUCGCUCACUACUGUUGCUUUACGAUGCUAUGUACGAUUGAGGCUUGUCAGAAGAUUUGGGUGGGAUGAUGCACUGAUGGUGUUGGCAAUGGCCUUGAACAUCUGGUUCGCCACCUGCGGUCUUACGGGGUCAGUGGCAGGUAUCGGGAGAAGGCUGGACGACUUUAAUCGACCCCAAGAGAUUGAGAACGCUCUAUUGUGGUGGUGGCUUGGGCAGUCAGCCUAUGUUUGGGUGGUGACGAUCGCCAGGCUGUCUAUUGCAAUGCUCCUCCUUCGAAUCGCUAUUCGACGCCGCGACUCGGUUGUCACCUAUAUGGUUAUGGGCCUGACGGUGGCUGUUGGGCUCCCGUUCUGGCUUGUAUUGAUGCUGCAAUGCCAACCUGUGCGAGAGUUCUGGCAGCGGACUGGUGAUGGCUAUUGCAUCGAUACGGAAUACAUUCUCGACGUCGCAUAUCUCUACAGUGCGACCGCGUGUCUAUGCGAUUUUACACUCGGCCUCUAUCCUAUAUAUCUGAUUAGAAAUCUGCAGAUAAGCGGGCGGUCGAAGUGGGCAUUAGCCGGAAUCCUCGGACUUGGAUGUGUUGCGAGCGCAGCCGUUGUUGUCCGCAUUCCUUUCCUCCCUAAUUAUAAGGAUACAGAUUUCCUUUUCCGUCUCAGUAACAACGACAGAAGCCAUGGCUCUCAAGUUGCUUUAGACUCCAGCUGGCCGGGGAACUGGCGAUCAGAUUUUGGACCAGAAGGUGCACAGUUCGUCUCUGCUACAGUCACGACCCCGAAUGCUCGAGCGAGAAGGCACGAAGAGGAAGGUCUGGAAGAAGGCGAAGUAAUCAGUGACCGCAUAAACGUCCAGCGAACUUUCGACAUCUCUAGGUAG